CCACAAACCACUACCUCGCUCACAUUCCGAACUGGAUUGUUAUUCUCUCUGAUACUCCCUUAUUAUUAUUAUUAUUAUUAUUAUUAUUAUUAUUAUUAUUAUUAUUAUUAUUAUUAGUGGUGGUUUGGGCAAGAUGCGCGUGCCCGUGACGCUCCUGCUGGUCGCGAGCCUGCGCUUUGUGCACCAGGAGGUUAUAGAUGACAUUCUGAACACUUUGUCUAAAGGAGUGGACUUUUUUGAGCAGCAGAGCAGGGACAUGAAUCUGGAUGGUGUUGUUGGUUAUGUCAUCCUGCAAGCCCAGUUACAGGAAGCCACGAAAUCUCAGACGCAUUCAGACUCUCUCAACCUCUCUCAGCGCUCCAUCGCCAUGUCUCUGGUCAAAAAACUAGACAAAAGUCUGGCUCUUGCUGUCACGUCUCUUCAGGAAACAGAUCCUAAAUAUUACAAAGAGUUUGAACCUGUCUUGUCUGCAUCUUUUUGGUCACUGCCUCGUGAACGGAUCUCCACGGACCCGUCCCUAUCGUACACGUCGCCGGGAUCCGUCGAGUGCUACGACGAGCAGCUCGGGGAUAAGUGCAUGACGCUGCUUCUGGGAACCUGGAAAGAUGACGGGACGCCGUGCAUUGUUACGAAGGCCUGCAGGGAUACGAUGACGCGGUUCGGGUGUCCACAUUACUCUCUGUCUCACCAGCUGCUUUACUUCAUGAUCGGGACGAUGAAAGGAUGUACCAGGAUGCUGAAGGGGGAAGUGAGGCUCUCGCGGGUUAACAUCACUGUCCAACACUAUCAAAAGAUUUUCUGCUCCAACAUGAUGAAGAGCAACCUGGAGAUCGGCGUCAAGGGCUUCACUGGACAAAUACAGGAUAUCUUCAUGGAGAACAUUCUGUUAUGUGGGUUAGCCGGAUUCUCAGACUUCUAUAAAGCCGCCUGGCUGCAGCACAUUCUGACCUGGCAGGACAAAGAACUGGGCUGUUUCGGGAAAGACGAAGACUACUCGCAGAUGUUCGAGGAAUAUUUGGACACACUGCACAAGCGAGUAAAGAGAAGGGAGAAGACGCUAAAAGACGGAUGCUCGAGUCACACGACAGGCGUGGCCAUGAGCGCUCUGGGUGGUUACCUCAAUUAUUAUCUGUCUGAACAAGACAUUACAAAACGACCGCUGGUGUAAAAAUGAAAAAAGAAAACAAACAAAAAAAAACAAUAGACGAAUAGAUUCAGUCUUCAUAAGCAUGUGGUUAUU